AUGGAGAUUGGACGUUCCAAAGCAGGGAUUCAAAUCUGCCAGCGCAAAUAUGCACUGGAUGUGCUCUCAAAGACAGGCCUCCUUGCAGCAAAACCCUCCCCAUUGCCAAUGGAACCGAACAGCAAACUUAGGAAAGAUAAAGGUAAUCUUUUCCAUGAUCCUACACUCUAUCCGAAAUUAGUUGGCAAAUUGCUUUAUUUAACCAACACACGACCGGAUUUGAGUUAUAGUGUCAACUUGUUAAGUCAAUUUAUGGAAAAUCCACGUGUUAAGCAUUAUGAUGCUAUGAUCAAAAUUCUUAAAUACAUUAAAGGAACCCCUAGCCAGGGUAUUUUUCUUCCUGCUAGUUUGAAUAUGGAACUUGUAGCAUAUGCCGAUGCCAAUUGGGCAAAUUGCCCAGACAUGCAACGGUCCACCACCGAAUUUUGUGUAUUCAUUGGGACCUCCAGGUCUUCCGCUGAAUCAGAAUAUAAAGCAAUGGCUGCCGGCUGCCGUCGUAUGUGA